AUGGCUGCUGCGAGGCUCACCGGGCGACCUGGUUUUGUCACACGGGCAGUGGGGGCUGUCUGUGACUCACCGGGUUUCCUGCGAGUGAGUCGGUCUCAAGUUUCCCGUCGCGCGGCUGGUGCGACCGGUUUCUCGGCGCCCAACACUGUCCGCUUCUCAACCUCCACUCCCUUCUCCUGUGCCAACCACAAAAGCACCAGCGCACCGGCCACAAAUUCGAGUACCAAGAAUCAAACUGACACCGCUGCGGACUCCACAGAUCGGUAUGCCACAGGCUUGCGUCUGAACAAGGAAUGGGCAGCACAGACAGCCCGUGAUCACCCGGAACUCUUCCCUACCCUCGCCAACGGGCAAAAGCCACAAAUUCUGUGGAUCGGAUGUUCCGAUUCGCGUUGCCCGGAGACCACCUUUUUGGGACUUCACCCCGGUGAUGUCUUUGUCCACCGCAACAUCGCCAACGUCAUGCACCCGGGUGACCUCAGCUCCUCCGCCGUUAUUGAAUACGCCGUGCAAUAUCUCCGCGUGAGCCACGUCGUGGUGUGUGGCCACACCGCUUGCGGUGGUGUUGCUGCUGCCAUGGGUAACAAGAACCUGGGAAUUUUGGACCCUUGGCUGUUGCCUCUGCGCCAGCUGCGUGAGCGCAACCUUGAGCUUCUGUCAAGCAUGACUACCGACGAGGCUGCCAUGAAGUUGGCCGAGUUGAAUGUCCGUGAGGGUCUGAAUGUCGUUAAGCAGAAGGGUGUUGUCCUCAACGCCAUUCAGGAGCGUGGGCUCCAACUCCACGGCCUGAUUUACGACGUUGGAUCGGGAGUUCUCAGCGAGUUGGAUACCGAAGAUUCGGAGGAGGUUAUUCGGGCUCGUCUGACUGCAUUCCACACGGAAUAA